AUGCAAACCAUUUUAAAUAACUUGAAUAAUUCUGCCGCACGGUUUAGCGUGUGCUUCACACCUGCAAAGCGUAGAGAAAUGCUACAAGACGGGGAGGGAUCAGAUCAAAACCCCAUACUUGUACACUGGUCAUUCCACACGACAGAUAAACUUGUUUACCUGGGCUGGCUGGAGAUGAGACUACUUUUCAAAUCAGCAACGCCAGGGGAACUUCCGCUAACCGCCGGCUUCUGUGGUGCCCCUUUUGUCUGUCAAGAGCAGAGUGAGAUCCAUUCUGCUUUAAGGGUCAAGAACUUGGCCACCGCGUGCACGGGAUGUACGAAAAGCUGCCAGUGUUUGACUACCUGUGCCUCCGAGGUACCGGUCAAGUCUGGUGGGAGCAUCAGCUUAAAAGAAUCGUCCAGCUGUGACAUUCUUUCAGCGCCUAGCUACCGUGCCGCCGCAGGAAACACGAGGGCUGGGAUACUGCCAGGUUGCCCAAACCCAGGCAGGGGAAGUCGAGAGGCAGAGGUGGGGAUUGAGCCACGGACCUUCCAGUCAAGAUGUGAACUUAUUACACCGCCGACUGAUGUGGGACGGAAAGGAUCGUGUGGGCCCAUUAACAGUUGUGCGAGAUGGCCCAAAUGGUUAGAGCGCGAAUUUACUGACCGGAAGGUUCGUGGUUCGAAUCCGACCUCCGCCACUCGACUUCCGCUGUCUAGGCUUGGGCAACCUGCCAGUAUCCCAACCGUCGUGCUUCCUUCGGCUGGCACGGCAGCUAGGCACCGGAAGGGUGCUACAGUUGAACGCUUUCUUUCUUUCUGUGCAGAAAGAAAACGAGAUCGGUUAACGCGGUCAACUGCCGUAGCAAAUUUCCAAAUCGGACUCGCUAGUAUCCGACCGUACUCAACUGCGUUCGUUGGUUAUUCAACCUGCAUUGCACAUGAAUUCCGUCUGAUAGUCCCGUUUCCAGAUGAUCUAGGGGAAGAAGCGGAUUGCUACGCAUUGAGGAUAGUGGCUGAUAUAAGCGAGAUGGCUCAGUGGUUAAACCGCGAAUUUACUGAUCGGAAGUUCCGUGGUUCGAACCCAAACACUGUAUCGCGGCUUCCGACUGGGCAUGGGCAACCUGGCAGUAUUUCAACCCUCAUGCUUCCUUCGGGUGGCAUGGAAGCUAGGCACUGA